GGCUUGGACCCGCCGCUGCACUGUGGGAACGACCUGGAGUUUGUGCAUGUCCAUUGGCACUCUCACUGCCAGGGACGCUCCUGAGCAGAGGUGGACAGCCUCAGCCAGCAGGAAAUCUCUUACGGGCCUGGAGCGGUUCUUGAGCAGGUCCUGUGACCUCUGAUCUCCUAGAGGCCUGAAGUGCUCCAUGGGCCCUGUGCUGUGUAAACAGAACGGCUGCUUCCUGCUUGGUGCUCUGGAUUAGAGGCCCUUGUGACAGGAACCUCUUGCAGUGGGGUAGCUGGCACCUGCACCCCAUAAAAGCAGCCACCCCUCUCCCUCUUUUGUCUGGCCUGAGAGCAGCAGUCCACGUCGCCUGAAGGCUCUGCGUGAGGAGACGCCAUGCUCAUGCCGCUGUGCUCCGGGGCCCUCUCUCUCCUCCUGAUGGUGGUCUCCGGCAUCGUGUGUGAUGUGCAAGAAGUCUGUGUUGGAAGCCCCGGGAUACCUGGCACUCCUGGGUCCCAUGGCUUGCCAGGCAGAGAUGGGAGAGAUGGUAUUAAAGGAGACCCUGGGCCUCCAGGCCCAAUGGGUCCCUCUGGAGGAAUGCCAGGUCUUCCUGGGCGUGAUGGGCUGACUGGAGCCCCUGGCAUCGCUGGAGAACGUGGAGAGAAGGGGGAGCCCGGUGAGAGGGGCCUUCCAGGCCUUCCAGCUUAUCUGGACGAAGAGCUCCAGACCACACUCAGUGAGCUCCAGCACCAAAUCCUGCAGUUGAUGGGAGUCCUCAGUUUGCAGGGGCUUGUGCUGGCCGUGGGAGAGAAGAUCUUCUCCACCAAUGGGCAGGCAGUCAGUUUCGAUGCCAUUAGAGAGCUGUGUGCCAGAGCAGGGGGCCAAGUCGCUGUUCCCAGGAGCCCCGAGGAGAACGAAGCCCUGGCCAGCAUCGUGACGAAGCAUAACAUUUAUGCCUACCUGGGCUUGGCUGAGGACCCCACUCCAGGAGACUUCCACUACCUGGACGGGGCUGCCGUGAACUACACCAACUGGUACCCAGGGGAGCCCCGGGGUCGAGGCAAAGAGCCAUGUGUGGAGAUGUACACCGACGGGCAGUGGAAUGACAAGAACUGCCGACAGUACCGGCUGGCCAUCUGUGAGUUCUGAGCAGGCUCAGGCCC